AUGGGUAAAUCGACAUCAUGGAUUGGAGCAGUUGUUGCAUCUGCUUUUUGUUGGGCUAGUGCUGAUAUUACUUUUGAUGUCAUUUUGGAUAGCAAAGAAUCGGAUCUCCCUCAAAAGAAAAAGUUAUUGCCACAAACUACUACUCACCUUACUCACUCUUAAACUAUGUUACUCUGUGCAUUGACGACUUAUAUUAUUGUAAUAAAAUAAUAUAUAUACAUUUAGAUUUUUGUAUACUUUAUAUAUAUAGAAUCGAUUGGGCCUCACUAUUCAGAAUUAGUAGGUAAGUAUUCACUCUUUGCAUCAGUUUAAUCAUUGCCGUUUUUGAUUCUGAGUGGAACUUUUUCCUAUUACCAUUAUCAUUUUAUUAUCAAAGCCUUUGAGAACUCAUCGAGUACAGUCAUACUACCGUUUUUAUAAGUAUUCAUACCUUGCUAAUUAGUUUUCUUCAAUUUUUGCUUUUCUAUUUUUAAUUCUCCAAAACUAUAUCUCCAAUAGGCCUUGCUUAUCUAGUUACUUGCAUUUAUUGGCUUACUUUUUGAUUCUUCUUGGAGGUUUAGCCCCAGCCACUGAUGGCAAUUUGAUUCGGAUAUUCCAAUUUAAAUUUUGGUCUCAACCAUUUGUUAAAUUUGCUAUCAUUUCCGAUAUGUCUCAUGCUUUAUAUACAAAUAUCAUCAGUUAUGUUGGCAGAGGAGAUAAUGACGGUCAAUAGUUUAACAUAUAUGUAAACAUGGAAUUCUUCAUUCUCACUCGAGUAAUGUUUGUAAUCAUCCAAACAUCUAAACUAUACUCCAAUCCAGAAAUGUAGAUUGAGUUGGUUUCGUUGUUUAACAAGCCCAUCGCCUUAAUUUUAGGUACUAUGAUUGGAGAAUUUAUGACGUUGUUUGGUUACUUCAGUUCUGUUUAUGCUUAUUAAACAUAUUAUUAAGUAAAUAAAUUAAAUAAUAUUUCAGGCUGCUGUUAUAAGUGCCAGUGAAUCUUCAUUGAAUUUAAUUAUGAAUUUGUUUUUAGCCUAUUUAGUUAAGAAACACUUGAAUAUUGGGAAAUAAGCUUCAUUGUACCAUUUGUAAUUGAAGGUUGUAUCUUGUUUAGCAAUAAGCAUUGGAUUAGCCAUAGCUACAAUAUGA